UGUAAUACACAAAGCAACCCUCCUACUUGCCUAGCAAUGGGUCAAGUCCUGGUGAGAGGGAUUCUCAUGUUUUUCAUGAAGGUCCACACUUAGGAAAGUUUGAGAAACUGGGUUACAGGAGACAGACUAGAAACAAGUUGUUAAAGCAGUCUAGUUGUAGAGGUGUUAAGGAAAAACGUAAACUGUAGAAGUAGUUGCUUUAUAUCUUGACAGCUGGGAAAGACAUAGAAGAGCUCUAAAGAAGAUAGAAUUAUUUGCUGCACAGUAAUGCAGCAGCAGCAGAUGUUCCAGUGCAGCAACAAUGGAUGUUCGAGAUUAAGAUUAAUUUAGAGUCGAAUGUAUAAUUAAGAAGACUGCUGGUACCAAUUCACCUGUGGCCUGGAGAAUCUAAAUAUACUGUGAGAGUUAUUUCUGCAGUCAGAAGGAGCUGUGACUAAUGAGAAUCAAAGGCCAUGGAUGAAGAUGAACUUGAAUUGCAACCACAAGAACCAAACUCCUUUUUUGAUGGAAUAGGAACUGAUGCUACGCACAUGGAUGGUGAUCAGAUUGUUGUGGAAGUUCAAGAAACUGUUUUUGUUUCAGAUGUUGUGGAUUCAGAUAUAACUGUACAUAACUUUGUUCCUGAUGACCCAGAUUCAGUUGUAAUCCAAGAUGUUAUAGAGGAUGUUGUGAUUGAGGAUGUUCACUGCUCAGAUAUCUUAGAAGAAGCAGAUGUAUCUGAAAAUGUCAUUAUUCCUGAGCAAGUGCUUGACUCAGAUGUAACUGAAGAAGUUUCUUUAGCACACUGCACGGUCCCAGAUGAUGUUUUAGCUUCCGACAUUACUUCAGCCUCAAUGUCUGUGCCAGAACAUGUAUUAACAAGUGAUUCUUUACAUGUGUCUGAUGUUGGACAUGUUGAACACAUGGUUCAUGAUAGUGUAGUAGAAGCAGAAAUCAUUACUGACCCUCUGACAGCAGACGUCGUUUCAGAAGAAGUAUUGGUAGCAGAUUGUGCCUCUGAAGCAGUCAUAGAUGCCAAUGGGAUCCCUGUGGACCAACAAGAUGAUGACAAAAGCAACUGUGAGGACUACCUUAUGAUUUCCUUGGAUGAUGCUGGCAAAAUAGAACACGGUGGCUCCUCUGGAAUGACCAUGAACACAGAGUCAGAAAUAGAUCCUUGUAAGGUGGAUGGCACUUGCCCUGAAGUAAUCAAGGUGUAUAUUUUUAAAGCUGACCCUGGAGAGGAUGACUUAGGUGGCACUGUAGACAUUGUGGAGAGUGAGCCUGAGAAUGACCAUGGAGUUGAAUUACUUGACCAGAAUAGCAGUAUUCGAGUACCAAGAGAAAAGAUGGUUUAUAUGACUGUCAACGACUCUCAGCAAGAAGAUGAAGAUUUAAAUGUUGCUGAAAUUGCUGAUGAAGUUUAUAUGGAAGUUAUAGUAGGAGAGGAGGAUGCUGCAGUGGCAGCAGCUGCAGCAGCUGCUGUGCAUGAACAACAAAUGGACGACAAUGAAAUUAAAACCUUCAUGCCAAUAGCAUGGGCAGCGGCUUAUGGUAAUAAUUCUGAUGGCAUUGAAAACCGGAAUGGCACUGCAAGUGCCCUCUUGCACAUAGAUGAGUCUGCUGGGCUCAGCAGACUGGCUAAACAAAAACCAAAGAAAAGGAGAAGACCUGAUUCCAGGCAGUACCAAACUGCAAUAAUUAUUGGCCCUGAUGGACAUCCCUUGACUGUCUACCCUUGCGUGAUUUGUGGGAAAAAAUUUAAGUCGAGAGGUUUUUUGAAAAGGCACAUGAAAAACCAUCCUGAACACCUUACCAAGAAAAAGUACCGCUGUACUGACUGUGAGUACACUACCAAUAAGAAGAUAAGUUUACACAACCACCUGGAGAGCCACAAGCUGACCAGCAAGGCAGAGAAGGCCAUCGAAUGUGAUGAGUGUGGGAAGCAUUUCUCUCAUUCUGGGGCUUUGUUUACUCACAAAAUGGUGCAUAAGGAGAAAGGAGCCAACAAAAUGCACAAGUGUAAAUUCUGUGAAUAUGAGACAGCUGAACAAGGGUUGUUGAAUCGCCACCUUUUGGCGGUCCACAGCAAGAACUUUCCUCAUAUUUGUGUGGAGUGUGGGAAAGGUUUCCGUCACCCGUCAGAGCUCAAAAAGCACAUGCGCAUCCAUACCGGGGAGAAGCCGUACCAGUGCCAGUACUGCGAGUAUAGGUCCGCAGACUCUUCUAACUUGAAAACACAUGUAAAAACGAAGCAUAGUAAAGAGAUGCCAUUCAAGUGUGACAUCUGCCUUCUGACUUUCUCAGAUACCAAAGAGGUGCAGCAACAUGCUCUUAUCCACCAAGAAAGCAAAACACACCAGUGUUUGCACUGUGACCACAAAAGCUCGAACUCAAGCGAUUUGAAACGACACAUAAUUUCGGUUCACACGAAGGACUACCCCCAUAAGUGUGACAUGUGUGAUAAAGGCUUUCACAGGCCUUCUGAACUCAAGAAACACGUGGCUGCCCACAAGGGUAAAAAAAUGCACCAGUGUAGACAUUGUGACUUUAAGAUUGCAGAUCCAUUUGUCCUAAGUCGCCAUAUUCUCUCAGUUCACACAAAAGAUCUUCCGUUUAGGUGUAAGAGAUGUAGAAAGGGAUUUCGGCAACAGAAUGAGCUUAAAAAGCAUAUGAAGACACACAGUGGCAGGAAAGUGUACCAGUGUGAGUACUGUGAGUAUAGCACUACAGACGCCUCAGGCUUUAAACGGCAUGUCAUCUCCAUCCACACGAAAGACUAUCCUCACCGGUGCGAGUACUGCAAGAAAGGCUUCCGCAGACCUUCUGAAAAGAACCAGCACAUAAUGCGACAUCAUAAAGAAGUGGGCCUGCCCUAAUGAUGCCACUACGGACAUUUGUGGAGAUGUUGGCCUUGAAGCAGGAAUUUCAUUUUAAAGCCAGGCUCAUUCACAUGCAAUACUGUAUAUCGAUUUAUGCUGUGUACAAAUAGAAUUACUGCUUCUAGUCAACUUUUCUUUACAUUUUACUUAAUAGAGUGUUCUGGAUCCUAUUCAGUUCGUUCAGUGGCAAAAAGUAGCAACAGUCAAAUUGCUUUUAAAAAGGAAUCCCUGAUUCUGUACUGAAUUUUUCAGUCUUAGAAGUUUUACUAUUUAUUUAAGUAUUCACUUUAUAUACAUUGAUGGUACUUCUAAGACCACUUAAAGAUAAAAAAGAAACAACAUAGGAUUGGCAACUCUAAAAGUAUUUACUUUGAGUCAUUUUUCCCUCAUAAAUCUUUCAUAUUAAAUAGGAACAUCUGCUAAUGGUAAACAGAUUUUACUGUUGGGUCUAAUCAUUAUAUGAAAGUAAUUUUCUUAUCUUGCUUAAUAUUUUCAGACUGUGUGACAAUGACACUUUUUUCCAUUUGAGUCUCUAGUAUUGCUAAAUGCAGAACAUUGCUGUUCUGUUUAAUUUUCAUUUUAUUCAACAGACAAAAUAAGCUUUAUUGUGACUUUCCGUGUAGUACAUCUUUUGUCAGCAUAGCACACUUUUAGAAAGUUACUGAAAGGUUUUGCUUAUUCCUGUUUGUUGUUUUUCUGUCCAUGUAGUUUUGUUUAGGAAUACUUGCGUUCAACAGAUGAGACUUAACUGUGAAUUGAGUUUUGGAAUAUUAGAGUUAAAUGGUGGCUCAUAGGCUGCUUUGCAACUGGAUCUGUAAGUCUACCCCAGGUUUUAUAUGUGCCUGUGUGUUACUUGUUUUACAUAUUUACACACACAAUCCCAAAUUUAAGUCUAUAAUGAAAAGUAUUAACUGUACAACAAAAUGAAAGAUCCAGAGAUAUAUGAAAGAACAUUUUGCAAACUUAGUAUUCAUAAGGAUUAAGUUAAACGUGAGGGGAAAAUUAGAAUAUAAGGAUAGUGUAUUUUUAAAGAGCGAAGGUAUUUUCCUUAAAUAUCUUUAGGAGUUGGAAAAGACAAGGUAUUUCUAGAUAGAAUAUUUUUAUAUAAAAUUUUAGCUUCAUACCUUAAAUUUUUUGGAAAAGCUAGUGAAUAUCUAACCAUAAAUCUAUCAGUAGUCACUGCGAAGCAUGAAAAGGAAAUGUCUUCUCACAAAGUAAAGAUUAGGAUUAAAAAGACAAAUGGCUGCAGAGGAUGGGUGCUAAUUAAAAUUGGCACAUUUAGCCCAUUUUUUAAUUUCUUAGCAGAUUUGAAGAUUAAACAUUUAAGUUAGAUUUGAUUAGAAGAUAAGUUUAAAGUACAUUAUGAAAACGUGAGACUUCAUUUGGAAUAUUACCAAGUCUUUGAGUUGUUUUUUUUUUUU